GCUGACCUUGCGUUUUUAAGUGUUAAAAUGUGAAUGUGAAAUGUGAAGCAUGCAACUAAGAUUCUUUUUAGUAUUAUAUUUUUUUCAAAAAACACAAGGUCUAUUCCCUUUAUCUUUACUUUUAAAUAGACAAUAUAAGUACAGCCCUCCGGAAAAUGAUAUUACUUUUCAUUUAUUCCACAGGAGUAACCUAAGCACUCCUUAUCAAUUGUUCAUUGGAGAUACUUAUCUUUUACAAAAUUCGAAGUUUGAUCCUAAAUUGUCAACUAAAAUCAUUAUUCACGGAUGGACACAUGACAAAGACACGCCUUGGGUACAGGAACUGAAAGAUGUUUUAGUUACAAGUGGUCCUUGGAAUGUUAUAGUUGUCGACUGGGGCCCUCUCUCACAUUCUCUCUAUGUUGAAGUUCGAGUACAUAAUUAUGUAAUUACCAAACAAGUUAAAAAGUUUGUGCACUUUUUGGCAGAUGCCAUAUACUAUCCAAUGUCAAGUAUACAUUUCAUAGGCCACAGUAUGGGAGCACAGAUUUCAGCUGGUGUUGGGUUCUUUACCCAAAGUGAACGAAAUGAGAAAAUUGGAAGAAUUACAGGGUUGGAUCCAGCUGCUCCUCUUUAUGAAUGGCCCCAUAUUGAGUCUUUAGAUGAAGUGUUAGAUCCUACAGAUGCUACUUUUGUUGACGUCAUUCAUACAAAUGGAAGAUACGUAGGAAUGAUGAGUCCAGCCGGACACGUUGAUUAUUACCCGAAUGGUGGUGAACAACAAUGGAUGUGCAAAUUAUGGAGCUGCAGCCAUCUAAGAGUUUGUGAUCUGUUCAUUGCCUCUGUUAGAAAACCAGAUCUGUUUAAAGCAUUUUCUUUUCAGUCUUGGAUGAAGUAUUUUAAUGGGUCAAUGAAAUAUUUGGAAGUUUAUCCCAUGGGAUUAGCGGCAAGUCCGGAUAUUCCAGAUGGAAUAUAUUUCUUGGAGGUCACCGAUGAAUAUAAAGACUACGUAUUCAGCAAAACAACUUUAAUAGAUAGCUACGGAUUUUAUUUUGGGGAAUGGCUAAACAUGGAUAUUAUCAACAAUUAUUUGAAGAGAUAGUAAUGUUUAAAAUUCUCUCAAACAUUUAUAUUUUAUUAAAGUAUUUAUAUUACAAAAAUAUAAUGUGUUAUAUUAAAUUAGCGCUAUUGAAUAAAAGGGGGUAGGCGCAAAAUCGUGGUCCAAUGCUAUUUAAAUGCAUUCAUUUUUUAAUACUGAGAAAACUAAUAAAUAUUUUUGAAAAAUUUAGACGUAGAAUGAAAGAUUACAUUAUUUCCGAGGGCCAAAUGUCCCUCUUCUUGGAAUAAACAAAAAGUUUUUUUUGAAUGAAAUAUUUGAAAUUACAAAUCACACUAAAUUCUCUCGUUUUUUCACCCCUGUGAAACUUAUUAAAAUAGACAUUAUAGAAAUUUUCAGGAACUUUUGGCCUCGGUAAUAAUGCAAUCUUUCAUUCUGCGUUUAAAUUCUUCAAAAAUACUUAUUAGUUUUCUGAGGAUUCGAAAAGAAGGAAUGCAUUUAUAUAGCAUUGGACCAAGAUUUUGCGCCUAACCCCCUUAAUAUAAACUAUCAUUUUGACAAAAUAACGAAGCUUUUGACACAACAUGGAGACACUUCAAGAGUGGAAUGUUCAAAGGCAUAAUAAUAACAUGUCCUUUAUCAUUUUUUUUUCAAAACACGAACUUUUGUGUUAGAGCCAAUGG